AUGACACUUCUCAGUGGCUCCACCUUAGGCAGUAGUUUGCCAGACAAGUUUAUGUCUCAAGUCAGCAAAUUCUCAUUAUACUUUGUCUACAUCGGGAUAGCCAGGCUUGGUUGUACCUACAUCUACUCCUCGCUCCUUACAUACGUAGCCUACCACUUGACUAGAAAUAUUCGAUACAAAUACCUUCGUGCGGCCUUCAGUCAAGAAACGGGAUACUUCGAUCAAGGGACUGGCGGCUCAAUAUCAACGCAAGCGACAUCUAAUGGCAAGUUGAUUCAUUCUGGAAUUUCAGAGAAACUAGGAAUCUUUAUACAGGCAAUUGCAACAUUCAUAGCAGCUUUUAUCAUUGCCUUUGUCAAUCAUUGGAAGUUGACAUUGAUUAUCAGCUGCAUCGUUCCGGCUCUGAUUGUCGUUGGCGGGGGUCUUUCGUUCAUUGAUGCUAGAUAUGAGACUAAUAUUCUUAAAGUCAACGCUCAGGCAGCUUCAUAUGCCGAAAAUAUUCUCAGUGGUGUUCGAGCUGUCCACGCGUUCAGUCUUCAACCCAGGAUCACCCACAAGUAUGGACAAUACUUACAAAGGGUGUUUACAAUUGGAACGAAGAAAAAUCCAAUUUAUGGCGUCAUGUUUGGCUCCGAAUACUUUAUCAUAUAUGCUGGAAUGGGUUUAGCGUUUUGGCAAGGCAUACAUAUGCUCUCCCGAGGGGAUAUCCCAGACAUUGGUACUGUCUUCACUGUCCUUUUUUCCGUGGUUAUUGCGGCGAGUGCCAUUACGUCCAUCGCUCCUCAUACAGUAACGUUUACACGUGCGGCUAGUGCGGCAGCAGAACUAUUUGCUUUGAUUGACAGGGAAUCUGAGAUAAACCCGCUCGAUGAAUCUGGGGAUAAGCCGCAAGAUACAUAUGGUGUGAUACACAUCGAUAACAUUACUUUCAAUUAUCCCAACCGUCCAAACGUUUGUGUAUUAGAGGACCUUUCCCUUCAUGUCCCGGCGGGGAAGGUCACCGCGCUGGUCGGUGCUAGUGGGUCUGGGAAAAGUACAAUCAUAGGGCUUCUAGAACGAUGGUAUAAGCCGUUGGCCGGUUCAAUAAAGUUAGAUGGGAGAGAUAUCGCGCAGUUGAAUCUAAGAUGGCUUCGCACAAACGUCCGGCUUGUGCAACAGGAACCGGUCCUCUUCAACGGAAGCGUUUUCGAUAACAUCACGAAUGGCCUUAUUGGUACACCAUGGGAGACAGCUUCAUAUGAAGAGCAACGCAAACGUGUGGAAGACGCAGCUAAGCUUGCAUUUGCACACGACUUUAUCAUGAACCUUCCGAAUGGCUACGACUCGCCAAUUGGUGAAAGAGGUGGCCUUUUAUCAGGUGGGCAGAAACAAAGAAUUGCCAUUGCACGCAGCAUUAUCUCUGAGCCAAAGAUCCUCCUCUUGGAUGAAGCUACUAGCGCUCUGGAUCCACACGCCGAAGGUAUAGUACAGCAGGCUUUAGAUCAUGCUUCCAAGAACCGAACGACUAUAGUAAUUGCGCACAAAUUGGCAACUAUCCGCAACGCGGACAAUAUCGUCGUGAUGUCAAAGGGGAGAAUUAUCGAGCAAGGUCAGCAUAGCGAGCUAGUUGCCAGGGGUGGUGCAUAUGCGAGCCUAGUAAAGGCACAAGAUCUAUCAGCAACACGAUCGGCAGAUGAUGAGGAGCAAAGCACUGAAGACGAGAUACCUCAUAAAGAGGCUGAGCCAGUCCAGUCAAUUGCUCGGUAUCAAACGGCCGAGGCACGGCAGCUGACAAUGCUUCAGCAUCGCGAAGACUUUGGACUAUACAAAAGGAGCGGCAUUCUUCGCAGCAUAGCCAAGAUGGUCAUCAGCACACCCAACCUGAGGUUCUGGUACUUCCUCACUAUAAUAUGUUGCGUGGCAGGAGCUGCUAUUUUUCCGGGGCAGGCGCUACUCCUAGCUAAUGUUAUGGACAUAUUCUCAGCCCCUGAUAUGGUUGACCGCGGAAACUUCAUUGCUCUGAUGUACGGCAUUAUCUGCUCUGAAUAUGGCAUUCUCACUAACUCGCGCCACCAGACUUUCAACAAGAUUUUCCGCCACGACCUUUUGAGCUCCAUGCUUAAACAAGACCUCCGGUUCUUCGACCGACCUGAAAACACUGUUGGUGCAUUAACGAGUCGGCUUGAUUCGCACCCACAAGCGAUUUUAGAACUCAUGGGUUUUAACAUUGCCCUCGUCGUUCUCUCGGCAAUCAACGUACUUGCGUCUAGCAUACUCUCUCUGACUAUCGCCUGGAAGCUAGGUGUAAUGGGCGUCUUUGUUGGGCUACCGCCUAUGCUAGUAGCAGGCUAUGCCCGUAUCCGCCUUGAAACCAAGAUGGACACGGAUAUGGGAAAGAGGUUCUCUCAGAGCGCUUCUAUGGCGUCGGAGGCGGUACUUUCUAUCCGAACAGUCUCCUCGCUCGCUAUGGAGAAGAAUAUCUUGGAGAGAUACACCAAUGAACUAGAUCAAGCAAUUCAAACAUCGGUUCGUCCUCUGUUCAGUAUGAUGGUGUGGUUCUCCUUGACUCAGUCUAUUGAGUAUUUUAUACUUGCAUUAGGGUUUUGGUGGGGUUCUAAGUUGAUCCAUGACGGAGACAUCACAUUUUACCAGUUCAUCGUCUCUUUCAUGGGUGUAUACUUCUCUGGCCAGGCUGCUGGCCAACUAUUCAGCUUCUCGAGCAGUUUCACGAAAGCUAAUGAAGCGGCAAACUACUAUUUUUGGUUAACAAAUCUCUCUCCUAUGAUCCAAGAAACAAAAGAAAACCUCAGCAAUAGACCCGCAAGCAAUUGUCAGGCGAUUGAUUUCCAAGAUAUCCAGUUUUCCUAUCCUCUAGCACCAGAUACCCGCGUUCUGAAGGGUGUGUCUUUUAACAUCCGAAAAGGCCAAUUUGUAGCUCUUGUGGGUGCUUCCGGCUGCGGUAAAAGCACGAUGAUCUCGCUGCUAGAACGCUUCUACGACCCAACGCAAGGCACCAUUAGAGUCGAUACUUCCCCGCUGGACAGCAUGAAUCCAAUUUUAUACCGACAACAAGUCGCCCUUGUGCAGCAGGAACCGACGUUAUUUCCGGGAACCAUCUUAGAGAACAUCUCGUAUGGAUUGGACAUUGCACCAUCGGAAUCAGCUAGUGCUCCAAGCUCCGAGGUCGAGAAUGCUUGCCGGGCAGCAAAUGUAUGGGACUUUAUCAGCUCCUUGCCGGACGGACUCCAGACACCCUGCGGAACGAGCGGUAGCCAGCUUUCUGGUGGACAACGACAGAGGGUUGCGAUUGCAAGAGCCUUGAUCAGGAAUCCUCGGGUGAUACUCUUAGAUGAAGCGACAAGUGCGCUUGAUACAGAAUCAGAAAGAGUUGUGCAGGGGGCAUUGAUGCAAGCUGCGACAAGUGGAGAGAGGAUUACAGUCGCUGUCGCUCACCGGCUUUCGACGGUUCGGGAGGCAGACUGUAUCUUCGUGUUUUUGGGUGGCAGGAUUGUUGAGUGUGGUAGGCACAGUGAGUUGGUUGAGAAAGGUGGUAUUUAUGCAAAGAUGUGUGAGGCGCAGAGCUUGGAUUCGGCGGCAUAG